AGCCCACCCCCAUCAUUGUGAAUUGAGCCGCGUAUGUUGAUUACGAGUAAGUCUGUGUUCACUAGUAACGCCUCGUUUGUUCAGUCUCCACUUACCUUUGGUCAAGCAUAUACUGUAGUAGUCAGGUCAUAGUCUCUCCGUUUGUUGUCUCUUCAUUCUGUCUCUUCGUACAGUCGGUUCGUAAAGUCCGUUAGUUCAGUCGGUUCGCUGGACAAUAAAACAUUUUUACGCCUUGUAGGUUUCUAAGCCCGCAUCAGCGGCUGUGUGUAACUAACCCCCUUUCCCGUUUUAGCUGUAGGAGAGUAUUCAGAUCGGGACUAUCACCUUUCGCCGCUUUAAAACUUCUGUUUUUCAAUGGCUCGAGUAUCAAAGCGAGGCGUGGCGACUCCUCUGAUCCUUGCUGUCGUCAGCGUGCUCUUCCUGGCGCAAGUCGCCUCAGCUUAUACCGGGUACCAGCAGAUGAUAGCGAAGCUUAAGACGAAGGGUUACAGCACGGCCCUCGCCGCGUGGCAGGUGUCUGGCCUGAACAACACCUUUAAGCAGUAUCUCCCGACCUCCAAACUGACCGUGUUCGCGCCGCGCAACAGCGCAUUCAGCAAGCUCACCGGCAGCUUCCAGUACUCCAAGCUCAAGAAGAACCCCAAGGCGCUGCUGCAGAUCAUGUCCUACCACGUCCUCAAGCAGCGCUUCUACAACUCCACCCUCCAAAAGCUGCCGGUGAAGACCCAGUUUGCAACCCUUGACUACAAGUACGUGCUGGUGAAGACCAGGACCAAGCCAGCAGCAUUCGCCAAGCCCGGGGCCACUGGUGGGCUCAAGAUAAUUGCCCCGGACCUCUAUGUGGACCCCCAGGUGAUCGUGCAUGGCGUUGACACUGUCGUCAUCCCACCCAAGAUUAAGUGAUGCUGUUUCUUAGUGGGCUGGAAUUUCCUCCUGUGCUGGGAGAGGGAAGGAGGGAGGGGAGGGGGAAGGGGUGGGGGUGGGGAGGAUGUGGGCAUCCUUUCUCUACACUUCCAUGCAUAACAUCCUCUUGAAACAUUUAUGUAUUUUAUGUAUUGCCACUAGCCUGUCCCUGCCAAUGUAUAGUCCCAUUUCUAGAGCUUC